CCUCGUUAACUUCUCGCCCGUCUUACGCGGUAGUUAACUAGACGCAACUGCCGUCCUAUGCGCUCGCUGCAAAGACUUGUCGCCCCACCAUUUUCUCGGGCUUCUCACCCUUCGCGUCUAUUCUCUGUCUCGUUACGACCUCUAUUCCAAAUGGGCAAAGACAAUAAGGUCACUGGCUCUCAAAAUGCGAGCGAGGGGUUGCCCCCUCUGUCUGCGAGCGAUUUGCGAGCAUACAACCGCCUGGCAGACCGAAUGGACGGCUUCCACAAUCACUUCCGCAUGUCGUGGAAUCAACUCUGGGAUGCAUGUGAUUCUUCUUCAAAGCGCCCCGGUGGCCUUUCAGCACGCCAAAUGAUCAUGAUGGGCCUCCAGUUUUGUUCUCAGCUUGAUUUUCACCACUCAAUCGAAGAACAGCACAUCUUCCCUGUCCUAGCGAAGAAAAUGCCGGAGUUCAAGAAGGAGCUUGAUCUUCUGAAGCAGCACAAGCAGAUUCAUGCUGGUCUUGAGAAGCUAGAGGCAUAUCUUGAGAAAUGCCGUUCUGGCGAGGAGGAUAUGCGCCGCGAAGAGGUUAAGCGUCUGAUGGAGAGCUUUGGGAAAGUCCUGUGGACGCAUUUGGACGAGGAAGUUCGAACGCUCAAAGCUGAUAACAUGCGCAAGUACUGGUCAUUGGAUGAGAUGCGAAGACUUCCGAUGUAAAGUCGAUGGCUUGCUUUUUGAUGUAUAGAAUACACCGUUGCAUAAUUGAUAUUGUGAC